AUGCAUCAUUCACAUUCCAUUCGUCAGCCUUUUCAGCUGCUGCUUAUUGGUUCGACCCUACUUGGUCAAUCCAUACGCCGAGUGCAAGCUUCUGCUGCCGAUGGAGGAACUGCUGCACACCAAACAGCUCAAGUCGAGAUUGACGCGAAUGGCAAAGUCUAUUCUUCUACUACGACUACUACUACUGCUACAAGCGGUGCAUCUACCACCUCGGGGUCGUCUUCAUUUUCAUCAUUAGACUCCAGUAUCAAUUAUUUGCCGGGAGUCGAUCAUUCUUGGCCAACACAUCAUCAUGAUAGUGAACACUUUCCCGAAUACCGGAAGGAAGCCUAUUUGAAUUACGUCGGUGGUUGCAACCAACAGAUUCAGACUACGUACUCCGUGGAAAACGCGAAUUAUUACUACAACAAUCGAGUCAAUCAAAGGGAACGAUUUACGUGUUACAAGUAUGAGCAAGAUCGAAUGGAUAUGAACUUGAAUCAACCAAGAAUGAUGGAAAAUUACACUCACGCAGGCUUUGCCAAACUGGACAUUCCACAAAACGUUCAAACGAUUUUGCAAGACUUUUGGGAGGCCAACAAGGAUUGGGAGACCCAGGCCAAGAAUGAGGUUUGGGAUCCAUCCAAUACCUAUGUCAAUCAUUGGGAGUCUCCCACCAAGAUUUUGGAUUUGACUUCUACUUCCGUGAAUAAUCCGCUCUCGCCCAAGCAAAAAUGGGAAUUGGUCCGGGGGGUUCAAAAGGUGUUGGAAGCUUGGACCAAGUCACCAUUGGUGUUGACGUCUUUGUAUGGAAUUCGAAUUUAUCAAGAAGGAAGCAUAUUGGCACCUCAUGUCGAUCGAUUGCCACUGGUCUCGUCGGCCAUUUUGCACAUUGCCAGUAGUUUCGAUCCAAACGACAAAGACGAAGAGGAACCAUGGAUUUUGGAAGUCAUUGGGCACAAUGGACAGGCGCAAAACUUGACCAUGCAACCUGGUGAAAUGGUCUUGUACGAGAGUCAUUCGGUCAUCCAUGGGCGACCUUAUCCACUGAAAGGAAAGUUUUAUGCCAAUCUAUUUGUCCACUUUGAACCAUUGGGACAUACACUGCGGCAUGCGCAAACGCAAGGUGAAUACGAUUUGGAAGACGUCGAAAUGGAAGCACCUACAAUGGCAGCUUCGGAACGAGUAGCAGCAAAUGCCAAGGCUGCUUACGAAAGAGCCUUUCAAAUGGAACAACAAAUGCAUGCAGAAGGUCGUGAAAAUAAGAAGAAACGAAGAUCUUGCGAAAUGCCACACUAUGUUGAUCCAGACAAGGAAGCGCGAUGGAAGCAGCUGUUUGAUUAUGACAAGAAACCAAAGGUCACGCCAAAACCAAUGCGACAAGUUUUGGUUUCUGUCACUCCCCACAAUGCCGCCGCCGGUGGCAACUUGGAUGCCCUCAAAACCUUGGCCGAUGUCGAUCGAGCCAAUCUUUUCAAGCGAGAUCAAAAUGGCUGGAGGCCCCUUCACGAGGCUGCCAGAAGCGGACAUGUAGAAGUCGUGGAAUAUUUGCUCCAGGAAGGAGCCAAGGUCAACGAACGAACGAAUAAUGGAGAAGGAGGGACUCCCCUGUGGUGGGCAGAAAAAAAGCCCGAGAAGAACAAGGAAGCCAUUGAACUGUUGAAGAAAUACGGUGGAUUAUCCUUGCAGCCAAAGGUACUCGAUGAAAAGGAGAAGAAGGAUCAACAGAAGGGAAACGAAGAUGACGUUGUUGCUAGACAAGCAUAA